AUGCCGCAGCACGAUUCUGGGGCAGCUGAUGCCCCGCCACAGCAGCCCUCGCGACGAUCUGCGUCACCCUCAAACAGUCUCUAUGCGCUGAGCGAUGAUGAGGAGGGCGAGUACAACACUAUUAGAAAUGUCGAGACUGGAAGAGGUGUGAAGCUUCUCUUUUCCAAGAGCAAGGUUUAUGUUCACCCAACACCCUCCUCAAAGGACAACAUCCCAGGAUAUAUCGCACUCCUCCAGCAGCGAGGUCAUCACGAAGAGCGCCCUACUUCAUCCGCUUCCAAUGAAUCAGCGUCGAUCGCCUCCUCGGAUCUACUUCUCGCAUGGAUUCCCGAAUCUGCCCUUGGAGAUUCCGCCAGCAUCUACGUCAAGGUUGACCUUUGCGAUGGAGACUCGCCCCCGAAACAGUCUUACCUUGUUCCUCCCCCGCCGACUGUCACUAGCCAUGUUGGAUCUGUCGGUGGAUAUGCGUUUGCGAUUCCCGUGAGCGCCGUCUAUUCGCUCCUUGUUCGGCCUCCGAGCCUUGGCUGGUGGUAUGGAUCCGUCAUCAUCAACUCCCGUGCGGGCGACAGCUUUCCUGCCCUUUUCUUCCAUGACAAUGAGUGCCAAAGCACGAUCCUUCAAAAGAAGAAGAUUGCGCGUGAUACAUUUGAUCCUUUUGGAGAAUCUGGACAGAUGUUCUGGGGUGGCGAUGAGGUUGUGAAGUGGCUACGUCGUUACGUCAAGAUUGAGCGAUCUGGUGCUGAACCUAACAUUUACUUGAUCGAGCCAUCAAAGGAGGACAGCGAAGCAUUCGGUCACAAACUCACUUCCAGCCCAUCGCAAAUUGGUCGUCAGGAUAGCAAUGUGGGAGCACAGCGCGGCGCUGCAGGACCGUCAAAUCGAGAUGCAGAGAUGGAUCCUUUCGUCAAGUUGAUCAAAGAAACUGGAUGGAAUAUUAUGGAGAAAUUCAGCAAAGUAACCACCUUCACGCGGAGAGCGGCUCAAGAUAUUGUCGAGAAUCCCAACUUACCGCCACAAGUAAGGCGGCUCUUGAGAAAUCCUGAAGUUCAGACUCUUCAAGACGAGUUUGACAGCGCCAGAAUCUAUCUCGCUCGCUGGGCUAUGGGCAUCCAGGAGCAGAGCGACCGCGAUCGGAGACAGAGGAUAUGGUCUGCUAAUGAUGUCAUGGAGCUUGAGGAUACUGAUGUUGGCGAGUUUGAACUUCUCGAAGGAGCCAGCAACCUUUCACUUGAGGAACGCCGAAAGACUGUGACAAUGAAGGAGUGGAAUACGUUCUUCGACCCUCAAACUGGCCGGUUAUCGAUCACUAUCGAUGAGGUCAAGGAGCGUGUCUUUCACGGAGGUCUUGACCCUGAGGACGGUGUUCGAAAGGAAGCAUGGCUUUUCCUUCUUGGCGUCUAUGAGUGGUACAGCACUGCUGAUGAGAGAAAGGCGCAAAUUGCCUCACUACGUGACCAGUACUACAAGCUCAAGCUUUCGUGGUGGGAGAGACUCGAAGGUGAUGGAGGUGAGGGCGACACUGGAGAGUGGUGGCGCGAGCAAAAGGGACGAAUCGGUAAGUCGCUCUCCAUCUCUCAGCCCUUGUCUCCCGAGGGGUAUACUAACAGUUUGUCUACAGAAAAGGAUGUCCACCGAACAGAUCGCAAUGUGCCCAUUUUCAUGGGCGAGGAUAUCCCCCACCCUGACCCAAGCUCACCUUUUGCCGAAGUUGGCACCAACGUCCACCUUGAGCAGAUGAAGGAGAUGCUCCUGACUUACAACGAGUACAAUAAGGAUCUAGGCUAUGUUCAGGGCAUGUCAGAUCUGUUGGCACCAAUCUACGCUGUGAUUCAGGACGACGCCGUUGCAUUCUGGGGUUUCCAGAAGUUCAUGGAGCGCAUGGAACGCAACUUUCUGCGUGAUCAGUCUGGCAUGCGCAACCAGCUUCUGACUCUGGACCAACUGGUUCAGUUCAUGGACCCAGCACUUUGGAACCAUCUGCAAAAGGCGGACAGCACCAACUUUUUCUUCUUCUUCCGCAUGAUACUUGUUUGGUAUAAGCGGGAGUUUGCUUGGCUUGACGUUCUUCGAUUAUGGGAGGGAUUGUGGACUGAUUAUAUGAGUGCGAACUUCCAUCUCUUUAUUGCCCUGGCGAUUCUUGAGAGACACCGAGAUGUUAUUAUGGAGCACUUGCAACAUUUUGAUGAGGUGCUCAAAUAUGUCAAUGAACUCUCAAACACAAUCGAUCUUGAGGCGACCCUGAUCCGGGCAGAAACUCUCUUCAAGAGGUUCCAGCGUCUUGUUGAUGCUGUCGACAAGAAACAGAACUUCCCAGCUCCUCGGUUCAACCAGAAGGAACCCUCAAAAUCUUCUGAGCAGACCGAAUCAGGACCAUCCAAGGGCGGUAAGGCAUCCAACAAGGGCAAAGCUGCUGAGCCAGCGGCGCCUCCGCCCCAGCCAAAGACGAUUACACCUGAGUUGCGCAAACUAUUAAGCAAGGAGGUAGAAGUGCUCCCGAGGAGAACGGUUGCGCAAAAGGGCGAUGGCAUGCCAAACAAAUGA